UUCUACAUCUGUAGUCACUGCCAUAAUUUUAAUAAGAAAAGAUAUGUAACAAUGUUUCGAACACAUUGAUGUUAUUGGUCUAAAAUAGUUUAAGAACAUACUUCAAUUGCAACAAGAUAUCAGGUUAAAGUUAUUGUUAUAAAGGUGUGAGUUUACAAUUCUGUAACGUAAUACAACAUUACUAUAAAACAUUUGUAACAAUGAUGAGAUCGGUGACACUGGGAACAAAUGCUUUAACAGUUCGAAACUUAAAUGCUUGUGACUGUUUAAAAUUUAAUGGAACUCAAAUUCAAAGUAUAAGAUGGAAGAGGAAACCAAUUUGGUUACCUACAGCAAAGUCUAAAAUGUUUAGAAUACCAGAGCAUGCUCCUAUACCUGAAGAUGAAAAGAUUGAACUUCAACGAUUAAACCAAAAUUAUAAAACACUGUCCAACUCUGUAUUAAAAUAUUUUCAUAAAAAACACAAUGAAACUGUGAAAACAUUAGAGACACAUGUUCUAGAAGAAAAUAUGAAAAAGGAUUUUGAAAUAUGUAGUUAUCUAAAUGAUUUAUGGAAUAAACAAGUAGCUGCAGCACGGAAAGAGAGAUUAGCCAAUGAGAGAGUAAAUCGUAUGGAAGAAAUUGCUAUGAAGUUAAAAGAAAAACAAGAAAGAGAUUUACAAAUUCAAAAACGAGUAGAUGCAGAAAUUAGGAAGGCAAAAGAAGAAUCUUCAACAUUUAUUACUCCUAAAAACAUAGACAAAAGUAUUGAUGAUGCAUUAGAAACUAUUGUAGAUCAUAAUGCUGCAAUUGAUCUGAAUGGUAAUGUUUAUAAGGAUGAGCCUAAAAUAUCUGUAUCAUUAAAUGCAACAAAUUGAAUAUAGGUAGUCUACAGUAAAUUGUUUAUAUCUUGAUAAGUCGUUUAAAUAAAUAUAACAACCUUGUACAUAA